CUUCUCUCCUCGCUCGCUGCAAUCUAUACUAUCUUCCACCUCCAGUUGCCUAACAGUUAAUCAUCAUUCGCUUUGUCACAAGACUUACAUCCAAGUGAACAAAGGCAGCAAGAGGACAACAUGGCCGACCUGCAAGAGGCCCUCAACUGCCUCUCGCCGACCACCUGGGACUCGAUCCCCAGCAACGACCCGGACGCUCUGCGCGCCUACCUCAACGACCUCGCCACGAAAGCGCGAUUGAUCAUCGAGUCCGUUCCCGAGCCGCCGGUCGAUAAAGAAGAGAGUCCAUCUUCCACAUCUCACACGAACAACAACACCAGCCACUUACCCCCCGCCGCAGCCAUCCUCCACCCCUCCAACGCACGCGCCUCCCACCUCCUCACCUCCCCGACGUCUACUACCACAACCACUCCCCCAUCGUCAUCAUCAUCAUCGUCAGACCCCCAACCACCACCACCAUCAAUACUACCACCCCCGCCCCCUUCCAUCCCGAACAACCCCCACCACAAGGAAUGGAGCAAGCCCAUCAAGAUCUCCUCCGCCAAGGAGAACCCCCUCCACAUCCCGAUCUACAAGCUCCCCGGCGCGGACGGCAAGGGCCACUGGUUCGGCCGCCGCAGCGUGUUCGCCGGGCUGCCCUUCACGAAGUGGCACACCAAACUGUCCGGCGAGAUGGGCCACACGCUGCGCAUGAACCAGCAUCAGAUCCAGAAAGGGCGGCCGCCGGACCAGGCCGUGCGCGGCAUCGGGGCCGAGCGGCUGGUGGAGGAUAUCGAGGUCAAGAGUGAGGAUGGCGCUAGGGUUGUGGGCCGCGUCCAGGUGUACCAUGUCUCGGCCAUGUUUCCGAAGCCGACGGCGGCGCGGGAUUUUGUCAGUUUGAUUGUGAGUUGGGAGGUUGUGACGGAGGGGUUUGCGGCAGGGGAGCAGAAGGAGGGGGAGGCCGGUAGCAAGGGGAAAGAGGCGAGGAGGUGGAUGAUGGUUUCAAGGCCGUGCGAACAUCCUGAUGUGCCGCCGACGCAGAAUUACAUUCGGGGGCAGUAUGAGAGUGUCGAGUUUAUUCGGGAGAUUCCGGUGUACGAUGAGGAGGAGGGGGAGGGUACUGGUGGUGGGGCAGGGAAGGAAGUGGAUGGGCAAGAGGUGCAGGAAGUGCAGAAGAAACUGAAUCCCGUGGAGUGGGUGAUGGUCACGAGAAGUGAUCCCGGAGGCAAUAUCCCUCGAUGGAUGGUGGAAAAGGGCACCCCCAAGAGUAUCUGUCAGGAUGCUAUCAAGUUCUUGAACUGGGCGUGUCGGGAUGAAGGCCAUAAAAAGCACGCGCAUCGCAAGUCGGGGGCUACAGAUCAUCAGCAUCAUAACCCUGGCGCUGAGGCGUCGGCGGAAGACGACGAGGAUAGCGUGUCUGAGGAUUCCAGUGACUCGGACUACUAUUCGGACACGGAAGUUGAGCAUCACGGCCUCAUUGCCAGUUUCGCAUACCUGGUCAAUGCGGGUCUGGAACGGUAUGCUCCGCAGGCCGUCCUCGACUAUCUCCCCCACGGUCAUUCGCGACAGUCGUCGACAGUCAGCACUGCCCAGGAAACUGGCUAUCCGACAGACGACAAGGAAGAUCCGCAAACUGAGCCAUCACCCACAACAACAACUACUACUACUGCCAAAGCCACCGAGCCGGAGUUCAACGACGCAGCCUCGCAAGGAAAAGCCUCUGUCGCCUUCUCCGCCAAUUCGGCCUUCGACUCCGCCGUCGAGGCCCCUCCGGAUGUCUCCGCCAUCGAACAGAUGACCCUCAACAAGAAGGGGAAACUCUCAUCCCACGAGAAGCAACUGGCCAAGCUGGCGGAGCGCAAACGCAACGUUGAGGCGCAGCUGGACCGUGUUCGCUCGGAGAUCCAGGCCCUGCAUGUCGAAACGACUCCAGCUUCCCCCCCACAAACAGCCACGGCUGAAGGCGGCAGCAGCAACAAGCGAGACAAGGCAUCUGCAGCGGCGCUGGCCGCGGCCGGUGACGUAGGUAGCGAACAACUCAGCAGCAGUCCGGGCAGCAGCGUGCACCGGGGGGUGGCGUCCAGCGGUGGCAACAAUCACCACCAGCACCACCACCACAACCGUCAUGAGGCCGCGCGUGCGCACAAGGUGGCGUCCGGGCUGUUCAAUGAGGAGUCGAAGCUGCUGAAACAGCUGGGCAAGAUCGAAAAGGACCAGUUGAAAGAGGCGUCGAAGAUCGAGGCGCGGCAGCAGAAGCACGCCGAGAAGCAGGAGAAGUCGCGCGCCCGCGGCGAGGCGGAUGCGCUCCGGCGAGAGGUCGAGCUGCUGAAGAAGGAGGUCGAUCGGCUGCGGUCGGAGCGCAAGCAGUGGUUGGAUCUGAUCGGGUCGCUGCAGGCGGAGAAUACGAGGCUGGCGGCGCAGCAGGAUCCAGGCGCUGCCAAUGCUGCUGCUGCUGGGGCUUCGGCAACGAAGUUGAAUGAGGAGAAGAAGUAAUCGCAGUGGUAGAUGAAUCGUAGAGAUGAAUGCAGUGGCUGGUUUAGAUGGGCUUGGUUACUACCUAGGUCGGCCUUGUACAUUAUGUUGGGUUUUGAUGAGUGAGAUACAUUCCGGAGUACAGUGCAAGCACGUGGGAUC